CUUUGAAGCGCCUCUGUAGGACUCUUACUGUGACACACGAGGGCCACCCCAAUUCACCCGGAAGCGAAUAGCAGGCUAUUAACUUUCCAGCGCCUCAGCUGAAACUGUGGGAAUCUGUAUUUUAUUUAUGUUAAAGCAUUAAACUGUAUUUCAGCGAUACUGAACAUUUAUACAUACAGUAAACACACAAACCCGACUGCAAUGUCAGACAGAAAGCGGCGCAGAGAGCAUCACGAGGAAACACGCGAGAAAAAGAAGCACAAAGACUCAAAACAGGACGAGGAGAAAUACCACAAACAAGCUGCGAAGCUCAGCCAGGAGGUGCAGAAGAUAAAGCAUGUGGAGACUUUCUAUGAAAAUCCUCCCCCUGGACUUAUAAAGGAAGAAGAAUACAGACCUGAAGACUGUAUUCCUGAUGCUCCUGGUAAUGAGGAUGCCAGGAAUUUCUUGGCUCAUGCGCCCACCAAAGGGCUAUGGAUGCCUCUGGGGAAGGAAGUGAAAGUCAUGCAGUGCUGGAGAUGCAAGCGUUAUGGCCACAGGACUGGUGACCGAGAAUGCCCUUUCUUCAUCAAAGGAAACCAGAAACUGGAACAGUUCAGGGUGGCACAUGAAGACCCAAUGUAUGACAUCAUUAGGGAAAACAAACGCAAUGAAAAAGAGACAAGGAUCCAGCAGCUGAGGCAGCUCCUGCAGGACACCACGUCUGACUCGGACUCCACGUCCAGCUCCUCCUCCUCCUCCUCUGACCACACCCACAAGAAGAAGAAGAAAAAGGAGAAGAAGAAAAAGGAAAAGAAGAAGAAGAAGCAGCGCAAGAAGAAGAAGAAGCACAAGUCGAAGAGUCAUGACGAUGGCUCAGACUGAGAGGGGAAUGCUAGUGUUGAUGUCUUUGUUGGGAGAUGAGAAGAGGUGUUUCCAGAAGCAGCUAUAGAAUCUAUAGAGACCUCUGCUAGACCUCUAAUUUGCCUCGACCCUUCCCCCCCUUAGCCUGCUGGGUGCUCCCUAAAGCUAAUUAAUAAUGCAUACAGGCAUUUCAUUCCCUCUGUCAACAGGGAUGGUCUGCUUAUGUGACAUCUCCAUCAGCUCCCCCCAUAGCUGGAUCAUAUUAGCAUGUAUGUGCCUCAGGCUUAAGACUGUCCUUGCCUGAUGAUGAAGUAGAAUCUGUAUUGAAUGGAUAUGUUUUGAAUGUUGCUUUAUUUUGUAAUAGCAUUGCAUCGAUUUCUUUUUGAAUGUUUUGUACGGUUGCCAGGAACAAGAUUGAGCUAAAGCAUAGGCUAAAAAAAAUUGGUUAUUGGCACUGCAAUGUAACCCAAGACUAGGCCUAAUCCAUAUAUGGCAGGCAUGUCAAACUGGGGACCUUCUGGGCCAAAGUGCUGUGAAGAUUAGUGUUUACCCUCAUCUAAUGCUCUGAAUUCAGUUCUUGAAGGCCUUGCUAAUUAGCUGAUGAGCUGAAUCAGGUGUAUUUAAUGAGGCAGCGUGAUGAAGUCUGCAGUGUUUUGGCCCGCAAGGACUGGAGCUUGACACACGUGAUGUACGGGAAGACAGCCCUAUGUGUUUUGUAAAGUGGUUAGUGAAAUGAUUGUGGAACUCUUUGUAAUAAAAUGGUUCCAUAGGUUGUGAGACAGCAGCAUGCAAAUGCCCGGAAAGUGUAUUAAUGCUGUACUGCUGUAAAGUUAUUCAUUCAUUCAUUUGAAGUGACAUUAUUAAACACAUUUUCAGUGUUUCAUUCA